GCAGGCUUUGGUCUCACCUUAAUUCCCCGAACCUGAACCUAGACUGAAAUAACACAUGAUCUUCAUCUGAUUUCUUAUUCCUCCUAUAAUAAGGAUGGUGCGCAGGAAUGUUGACAUUCGAAUCCGGGACUUCUUCGCCAACUGUAUAUCUUUCUACUUGUAAGAGAAGGCAUUUCCACUCUCGCCCUAGAGAAGGACUCCUCCCUGCUUCAUCCUUGACACUCUCAAGACAUCGUUGAGAGAGGAUACAAGCUCCGUUCGGUGCGUUCGCUGAGAUCAGAGGGACAUUCGGACAUGAUACGCGAUUGUUUUCGGCGCUCCUUUAUGGCGCAGUGAACUUGAACGGGGUGAGUGAGCAAGCAGACAGCACGGACUUGCUACCGGAGUCACCGACACGGGAGACACGUACGAUGUUUUUCUGAUUCCAGGACUUUUAACCUUGUGCUGUUGAUUGUUUCUACACGCAUUUGGUGCUGUGGCAGCCAUCAAACAUAAAGACAUAUUUUUUGAGGAGCUGCCGGAUCGCCCGAUUGCAUUACUCUAUGAUGUGAUACUGCUUCUUAUUCUCGCCUUGCAUUUUCAUUAUUUGGACACAACACAUUUUCUCACUAUUGCAAACAAGCUGAAAACGUCACCAGUGUAUUGCAAUACUUGACCGAAAGGUACAUAUUCGGGUAUAGACACACCGAUUUAGACCAACAGGAGUGACUUUCGAUUUUGGUGACAGCACCGUCCUGUCACCGCUGUGCCAUUCAUACAAAAAGUGAGGACUUCAAGUUAUCCCUCAAGCGAGCACAGCUUCUUGGGCACCGUACUCGCAGAUCUCGGUAGCUGAAGCUGACAUUCAUAGGCACCGGCUGGCCUUUCAAUGUGAGAGAAAGCGCAGUGAGCGCUAAGGUGUCACACAGGCUGUAAGAGCAGCAUCCCCGGGUUCACAUCGAAGAGGAGUACGUGACGAACUUUACUGUAGUUAUGCUGCAAGUGGAAAUGGUCAUUUUCGUCUGCCUGGUCCUUUGGAUGUGUGUAUUUAGCCAGGAGCCGAGCUCCAAGGUGAUGGCUGAUCGCUAUGCCGUCUUCUGGAACCGUACCAACCCCAGGUUCCACCGCAGUGACUACCACAUAGACGUGUGCAUCAACGACUACCUGGACGUCUACUGCCCGCACUACGAGGACUCGGUGCCGGAGGAGCGGACCGAGCGCUACGUGCUCUACAUGGUCAACUACGACGGCUACAGCUCCUGCGACCACACGGCCAAGGGCUUCAAGCGCUGGGAGUGCAACCGGCCGCACUCGCCCAACGGCCCGCUCAAGUUCUCCGAGAAGUUCCAGCUCUUCACGCCCUUCUCCCUGGGCUUCGAGUUCCGGCCGGGUCGCGAGUACUACUACAUCUCAUCCACGAUUGCAGAGAACGGGAGAAAGACAUGCCUGAAGCUCAAAGUGUUUGUCAGACCAUCAAACAGCUGUGUGAAAACUAUAGGGGUUCACGAUUCACGGGUUUUUGACGUUAACGAGAGAGUAGACAAUUCAUUAGAACCCAGAGAUGACACAUCACAUGAGUCAGCUGAGCCCCACAGCGACACGACAAACGCGGGCGUUGAGACGCGGAGAGCUGCGUCCCUCCUUGCCACCCUGAUGCUCUGCCUCCCUGCCCUGCUGAUGUUAUAGCGCCCAACCCCUCGC